AUGCCACCCUCCAAAUCAGAAGAUACCCCUCCCCCCGCACCCCAUCGUCAUCAACUCUCGUACCAAAACUUCUCCAAGCGCCUAAUCCUCUCCUAUAUAUUCGACUGGAUCCUCAUAAUCGGAGUCGCCCUCAUUGGCUACGGCUUCAACCAGACAACCCCCAACCACCGACCCUUCUCCCUCACCGACCCAAGCAUCUCCUUCCCCCACAGGGAAAAGGAAACCGUCUCAACGGGCGUGCUAGCCGUGGUAGCGGUAGUAGCUCCAGCUGUGAUCAUUGUCUUGGUCUCCGUUCUCUCUAUCAACCCCGCUACUACCAGCAUAGCUGGUUCUAGUGUCCAUAAUGCUCGAAGAGAAGCUCUAAGAAGGAAGUUUAUGGUCAAGCUCUGGGAGUGGCAUGCGGGAUGGAUGGGAUUAGGAGUUGCUCUUGCGGGAACGUUCAUGGCUACGGAGGGACUUAAGGAUCUAUAUGGGAAGCCGAGACCGGAUAUGCUGGCUAGGUGUGACCCGAAUUUAUCUGCGCUUAAUGAGUAUGCGGUUUCGGGGUUGGGAGGGAGAAUUGCGGGUGCGCCUACGAUGGUGACGUGGGAGAUAUGUCGGAAUAAGGGUGAUGAGAUGCUGAAGGUGGAUGGGUUUGCUAGUUUUCCGAGUGGGCAUUCUUCUAUGUCGUUCGCGGGAUUGAUGUAUCUCGCUCUUUGGCUAAGUGCUAAAUUCUCCAUUGGCUUCCCGUUCCUGGCGUAUUCGCCGCUCAGCCAGGAUCUGCAAAGACAGGAUCGUGGGAAGAUUCGAAACCAAGGUGCCGCUCCUCCUGUCUAUAUGCUCAUCGUUGCAUUAGUGCCCAUUGCGGUAGCCUUCUUCAUCUCCGCAUCGCGUUGGUUUGAUUAUCGCCAUCAUGGUUUCGAUAUCAUAUUCGGAUCGGUCAUGGGAAUGGUCUUCGCGUGGAUUGGUUUCAGACUAUAUCAGCUGCCCAUUAUUCGCGGUGCGGGCUGGUCGUGGGGAGCUAGGAGUCGCAAACAUGCUUUCUUCAUGGAAGUCGGACAGCCGAGCCACGUUUCUGCCGAUAAUUGGGUCAUGAUGAGCGACAAACGCGAUGCUGCAGAGAGCAGCCCGCACAACGUUGAUCUGGAAAGCGGUCGACCGGGCCCGGAUGAGCGAUGA